AUGAACGGAAUUUGUGAAAACAGCUUGUAUAGCAUUUGUCGAUGUAAAAAUGGUUAUCAUUUGCCCAUAGCAUUGCCAUUAUAUGAUGGACACUGCCACGUGGAUUUAUUUUUUCGUUAUGGACUUGAUAAAAAUAAUUUCAAUGCAUAUGUUUCAAAUGGAAGAAAAAUAAUAUUAAUUGAUAAUCGACAUCAAUAUUAUCGCUGGUUCAUUGAUUAUGAAUUAAAACAUCCUAAUGUUACGAUAUACACAACGUUUGGUAUACAUCCUAAAUAUUUACCAACACGUAUAGAUGAUGUUUUUAAAAAAUUAGAAGUAAUUUUUAAAAAUAAUUUUAAUAAUACUAUGAUAAAUGUAGGAAUUGGAGAAUGUGGACUUGAUGAAACUAGCAAUUAUGCAUUUGAAUUACAAUUAAUUGUAUUUAGAAAACAAUUAAAAUUAGCAUCUGAGUUAAAUUUACCUAUUGUUUUACAUGGACGAGGAAAUGAUUCAUUUAAUUUGAUGUUUCAUGAGUUGACAUUACACUUAAGUUCUACACAUAAAAUUCAUUGGCACUGUGUGAAUCAAAGAAGUAACCUGGAUAUCAUUACACGUUUUCUUAAUCAUUUCAAGCAUUCGUAUAUUGGAAUUAAUUGUUCAAUUUUUGGUCAAGAUGAUAUGGAAUCACAAAAUAUAUUUUACAAAUGGCUCUUAUCAUUUGAAAAUAUUCUUUCUCGUAUAAUUAUUGAAACAGAUUAUUUUUUUUUAAAAACCUUUAAUACUACAAUAUACACAAUAUAA